AACUCGGCCUUGGGCCAACGCUGGAUUCUCAUUAUCCUCUUCUUCAUCUGUUCACCACCACCGAUCCUUACUCCUCAAGAUAUCUCCGACCCCUUUCAUGGCGAAUCCACCCUUCCUCUUAGAAUCCAACUUCAAUUCCAACCUUUUGCUCCAACAAACCUUCCAUUUCCCCCCAAAUCGCUAUUUCCCAAUCAAAUUCUCCCAUUCCCAUCAUAAUGCUCUUAAAAUCAAUCACUCUUCUCACAAAAUGAUCAGAGUUUCCCCCAAUUUGGGAAUCAAAUGCUUCAUCAUCAACCACAACCCCAAAGGGGAAAAGUCUAGUGCUCGUGGCAUGGAAGGAUUCACAAACGAUUUGAAAAAAAUUGUUACUGGCAGUGGUAUGAAUCAAGUGUUUUGGAGAUCAAUUACGAAUGUUCUCAAGGCCUUACAAAAACCCGCCAUAACUGGGAUUUUAUUAGGUUUGUUAUUGUUGUACGAUCAUCACCAUGGUUGCGUUGCGUUGGCUGCUUCCGGUGGGCGAAUGGGUGGGAAAUCGUUUUCCUCCUCUUCUUCUUCUUCGUCUUCUUCUAGAACUUAUACCACUCGAACAAGGGGCCCGGAGUUAUCAUUUUCGGCGCCGUAUUAUGCUCCGACGCCGUUUGGCGGUGGUGGUGGGUUCUAUUUAGGGCCAGCAGUUGGAGUUGGGUCAAGUUUUUUCUUUGUUAUGAUGGGUUUUGCUGCCUUCAUUUUGGUGUCUGGAUUUUUAUCAGAUCGAUCUGAUAGUGAUGAUGGUAGUCUGCUUACUGCUACCGAGAAAACAAGUGUUCUUAAGCUUCAGGUUGGAUUGUUGGGUAUGGGUCGAUCACUGCAAAGGGAUCUCAAUCGGAUUGCUGAGGCAGCUGAUACAUCCAGCCCAGAGGGAUUGAGCUAUGUAUUAACAGAGACGACACUAGCUCUACUUCGGAAUCCUGAUUACUGCAUCUCUGGUUAUUCAUCCGUGGACCUCAAGAGGAGCGUAGAGGAUGGUGAGAAACGAUUUAAUCAACUUUCAAUUGAAGAAAGGGGUAAAUUUGAUGAGGAGACUCUGGUCAACGUGAACAACAUCAGAAAGCAAAGUUCAACAAAUCAAAGAUCAAAUGGAUUCCGUAACGAGUAUAUAGUGAUUACGAUCAUCGUGGCUGCUGGAGGCGUACAUAAACUGCCACCCAUCAACAGCAGUGCACAAUUGAAAGAAGCCUUGCAAAAACUGGGGUCUAUCCCUUCAAGCAGAAUUAUGGCGGUUGAGGUGUUGUGGACCCCACAAAACGAAAACGAUACGCUUUCAGAGCGGGAAUUGCUUGAAGAUUAUUCGUUGUUGCGCCCUCUGUAGGUAAAACCGUUAUGAUGCUUUGUACAUAAUAUAUAGGCGAUGAAUGAUACAGAAAAUUGUAUCUCCUCACAAUUUUUGAAAUGGUUGGUCCUUUACACAAUUCCAAAUAUGUCACUUGGAAAAGCUCUUUUCUUUUUCCUUCAAAAUUUUGCUAAGAUUUGGUGUUUGUUUUAUAUAGCAACAAUAAAGGUAUACAAGUUUUUGUGGCA